CGGCCAUGCAGGGCUCCAUGGUCCGGCGUACGCAGGAGCUGCUGGGGCGCGUGAUUCGGAAACCGCCCCUCACAGAACGCCUUCUCAGCAAGCCCCCCUUCCGCUACCUGCACGACGUGAUAGGGGAGGUAAUUAGAUCAACUGGUUUCAUGAAAGGGCUGUACACAGAAGCAGAGAUGAAAUCUGAUAAUGUUAAGGAUAAAGAUGCAAAAAUCGGCUUCCUUCAGAAAGCUAUUGAUGUUGUCAUCAUGGUGUCAGGGGAGCCGUUGGCAGUGAAGCCAGCACGUAUUGUUGCUGGACAUGAACCUGAAAGAACCAAUGAACUGCUCCAAGCAAUUGCUAAAUGCUGUCUCAAUAAGCUAUCCAGUGAUGAAGCUGUUCAAAAAGUGCUUGCUGGAGAGAAAGCUGAUAUCAAAGGACGGAUUCCAUCAUCUUCUAAACCCCAAAAUAGAGAAUCUAGAACAGAAGAACAUAGAUCCCAUAAAGAGGACAGAGGUGACUCUGAAAUAAAAGAUAAAAGCACAAGUCAAGACCAAAAACCUGAGGAAGAGAGCAAGCGAAAAGGAAAAGAAAAUGACAAACAUAAAGAUUAUGAGAACCGUCACAAAAAUCUUGAUAAAGACAGUUUUAAAGAAGUUGAAAAACAGGAAAGAGAGAGAAACAAAAACAGGUCAUCCAAACAGGGAAAAGAGGCAGAGAAAAUUAGAGACAAGGAAAAGGCAGAUGGGGAAGGAGAAAAAGAGGAUCGGGAUAAGGAAAGAGAAAAGGAAAGGAAGGAACAUGAGGGAGGGAGAGAAAAAGAUAGAUUAAGAGAAAAGGAUAAAGAAAAGGCUCGGGAUAAGGAUAGGGAACAUGAGAAGGUCAGAGAAAGGGCAAAGGACAGAGAAAAGGACAAACGAAGAGAACGAGGCAAAGUCACGGAGCAGCCGCGAGAACCAGGGAAGGACAAAGCAGAAAGAAAGCCCAUAGGAUCUGAGGAGAAUGUAACGAAAAAAAUUGUGGAACGAUCUAUAAAAGAUAAAACUGAGCCAGAUAAAGAAAGUGAGAACUCUGCACGGUUACCAAGGCAACAUUCAACAAAGGGACCAAGACAACGACCCAAACCAGGAAGUGACGGACGAAAGGAAACUAGUAAAAGUGCACUAUCUAGUGGUGCAAUUGAAAGGACAGCUAACAUAUUAAAAGAGAAAGUUGAGCCAAUUAUUGCAGAACAAGAGCCAGGAAUAAUGGGAGCUAAUAGCAUUGCAGCUAAACUUGCAGAUGAAAAAUCAGCAACUGUUUUACAUGGAAAAGUUGAAGCAGAAAUUGCAGUAAAACAGAGAGGUGAAUCAUCCAGUGAUGCAGAAGGAGAUAUUCUGAACUCUGCUGCCCCUGAAAAAAUAGCUGUUUCUGAGAAUAAUGAAAUUACUAAUGAACUUCCUCCCCAAGUCACCCAAAGAAGACUACCACGACCCAGCAGUGCAAGGCCCGCUCCACCCCGGAUAAAACGCCAAGAAAGUGCAGAGGUUUUAGUGCCAGAGAGAAAUGGCAGUGGCAAAAUAGUGGCAAAUGUUAUUAUAGACAAAGAGGACGAGGAAGAUGAUGACCAGUUUGUUGUUGAGGCCACACUGCAGCUGCCUGAAAUGACAGAAAUAGCAAUGGAGGCAACAGUAGAGCUGGAAGGAGAUGAGAAGCAUGGUGGGCUUGUAAAAAGAAUACUGGAAACAAAGAAAGAUUAUGAAUUAUCACAAUUGCCAAAAUCUGCUGAGAAGGAGAAGCCACUUUUGUCAGAAGCAGCAAAGAGAAAGGAGAAGGACCUAGUAGCAAAAGAAAUAGAGAAGUUUCGUGGAUCCAUUCAGGCCCUUUGUCGGAGUGCUCUGCCUCUUGGAAAAAUCAUGGACUAUAUUCAGGAAGAUGUGGAUGCCAUGAAGAACGAGCUCCAGAUGUGGCAGAAUGAAAAUAAACAACUUGAAGAGGCCCUACAGAAGGAACAGGGUAUCACAGAUGGUGUUGUAGAACCACUGAAAGCCGAACUUGCAGAGUUGGACCAGUUGAUCAAAGACGAGCAAGAUAAAAUUUGUGCUAAAAGGGCUAACAUUUUAAAAAAUGAUGAAAAAAUCCAGAAGAUGGUUCAUAAUAUCAACUCAAGAAGGUGAACAAUGGAAAGAUAAAGGGCUGGAACUGAUAUUCUUUUCUACUAAACAGAAAUGAGGAACAAACAAAGUUACAUGAUGUGCAAAUAAAACGGUUGCAUGUAAUAGUAUAUAUCAUUUCAAGUUAAUUUAUUUACAAUUGUGUAUGGCCUUCUUGGGGGACUGAUAUUGCUUGGGUGAAACUUGCUAUUCAUUCAACGUUUGUAGCUUUAAAAAAGACCAAUGCAAAACAUUCACCUAAGGUGGUAGGUUUUUCAUUGUUAUUGGCAGAGUCACUUUCCUGGAUUCUUUAAUAUCAAUACAAUCAAACUUUGUUCCCUUCAUUUCCAGCAUACGUGUGGCAUUUUGAGCAAAUAGAAACUCUUUUGCUACUUUUGUUGGAGUGGCCUGGAACACUUCCUUGAACUUUAAAGAAAAUACAGCAAGGAAUUCUUGUAGAUCAAGAAAAAAAUUUUUUAACCUGUACUUCCUUAAGUCAUACAGCAUGGAAGAGAAGAAAAGCAUUUUACUUGAAUAUUACGUUAAUUAUAUUUGUAUUGCCUCCAUUUACUUGGAAAGAAUUGGUUUAAGAACCUUUUCUCCGAAAUACCUGGUCAUGUAUGUUUUUAGAUUAAAUCAUUAGGAGGAAAUUAGUAAAUGCAGGUAGGGGAGAAGUUGUAUGCAUUUAUGCAGGCAUGGAUCUGGUUUUUGCCACUGAUGUCCCCAAUAUAGUUUUGAAGAGACCCUGCUGUACUUAUUCUCUGGGACCCAAAAAUAUUGGUAGAUGACAAAAGUUUGUGGCAUCAAGCACCCCCUGCCUUUCAUCUAAUGGGAUCUUGCCUGAUGUCAUGCCAGGCUUCACCAGUGCUCCAAGUGCCUCUGCAGUGCAGCAGAGCAGAGUCAGUGAAAAUCCCCCUCUUCAGCUUUUUAGACGCUCUGGAGCUUGUCUGUGUUGCAUUGCACUUCCAAAGUGCUAGGAUCAGCUGCAAAGCACAUUGCAAAAUGGCAAGUCCCAGCUCUCCUCCCGACCUUGGAGCAAGGGAAUCCUUGCUUCUGGAGUGUCUCAAGUACCUUGGAAACAAAGUCAGCACAGUUAAGCUCCAGCCUCUUUUUAAGUUAGGCAAGGGAAUGAGGUGUGGUCCAGAGAGUUGUAUCCACUCUUCCAAGGCUCCCUGUGCCUCUAAAUAUGGCAUGACUGCUGUAAUAGUGGCCCAGCUCUGAAUUUAGGAGGGCAUUCAAGGUUGCCCAUGUUGCAGUGCACUUCCAUGGUGCUUGGAACAUCUUGGGACCACAGCACAGUUACAGAGACUUCUCUCCCCACUCUCUUUUGAAGUUUGGAAGAACAUCUAAGGCAUGUCAUGCUUGCUGGAAGGGGCAGGCAAAGACACUCUCCAUGUCAUGUUGGUUUGUGGAUGUGUUUAGUCCCAUAUCACCUGGUUUGCAUGCCACAGCAGUCCGUGGGUUAAACGGCCCAUGGUUUAUUGUUGACUUAACUGCUGUGUUGUUUAGCUCCUAAACAGCCCAGCGCUCCAGGUUCAGGCAACACGCUAAGCAACCUAUGAAGGAGCCAAUUGUAGGUUGCUAGGUAAAAGCAAGAGUGACGAAUCCAACUCCAGGCAACACGUCUGCUCUGCCCCACUUGUUUAACCCAUGGGCUGUUGCGUCAUGCAAAGCAGCCCAAUAUCUAAAUUUAUUUUUAUUCUUUUGAAGUUAUGCCAUUAUUUCAGUGGAUGUGACUUGAGUUUCCGGGAUUUUUUUUUCACCAAUGAAUGUGAUUUGAGAAGCCUCAUUUUCAUUCCUUUUGAAAACCUACCGUCUCUUUAUUAAGAAACAAAGUUACAUUUCUCAUGGGUUAUACAUGUUGUGCAGGAUAAUUGUAAUUUUGUAUCUGCGUUUUGAACCUUUGAGUGUUAAAGCAGUGAGAAGUCUGGUAAAAGCAUUAAAGACUUGGAGAAACACCUUGUUGCAAUCAAGCAAGCAGCCAUUUAAUAAAUUGUGGUGCAGUUUAUGAAUCUGACACCCAAAUAAAAACAUUUGCUUUGAAGUAAAUGCCAUCUUCCAAUAAAUGUGAUUAGGGUUGCUGCCUAAGCCCUUGUUUAGCAGUGUGGAUGAUAUGAUUAUAAGUGUGUUAACUGGUAGCGUUUGGAUUCUUGUUUUUCAUUGAUUGGACCCUUGAUUUUAUUAGGUGCUAUCCCAAAAUGUGUACCAUAAUUGUUUUAGAAUACAUUUCAAAAGAAGCACCGCAGAAGUUUGCCAUUGUGUAUGGUAUGGCUAUAAUUAGCUUAUUUCGAAUAAAAUAUCAAUGUGCAAUCCCAGAAAAGGGGAUAUUACAAGGAAGCCUGGCCGAAAUGUCAUAAGGGAUCAGCAGAGGGUGUUAGGCUGCUUAAGUUACAAUCUUUUCAAAAUGCAUGCAACUUAAUUCAAUAUCUGAAAUACCCUAUCAUAUUUCUGUGUGAAUCUGUAUGUAUGGUAGAACUAUUUGUAUUAGAAGAAUCGAAUAUAUUCUGUAUGUGAGCAAAAAUGUACAGAUAAAAUAUAAUUUGUAUUAUAAAUUUAUUUUCUUUUUUAUAUAAAAUAAUUAAAUGACCUAUUUUUUCUAUGAGUAGUGGUGUUUGCAUUGUACAGUUAUUUUGGAAAGACAAUAAAAUAAGAAACUGAAGUGUUCGUGAAA